CCGGUCAUGGCCGCGUCCCGUCCGACUCAAGGCUGCGGCAGCGGAGCGCUGCUGGGCCGCUUCGGAGUGCUGCUGCAGGCAUUGCUGGCACUGUGCGCCUUCUGCACGCUGAUGUUAAAACGAUUUAAAGAACCAAAAGAAGAGAGGCGUCCCUGGAGGAUAUGGUUUUAUGAUACCUCCAAGCAAGCAAUUGGUGCCCUCUUCAUCCACUUUGCCAAUAUUUUUCUGUCUGAUCUCACUGAGGAGGACCCUUGCUCUCUCUACCUUAUUAAUUUCAUCCUCGAUGCCACGCUGGGGAUGCUGCUGAUUUGGCUUGGUGUGAAGGUGGUCUCCUGGGCUGUGCAGCGUCAGAAGUACACAUAUCUUGUCUUUGGAGAAUAUGGUGACCCUCCACAAGCUGCUGCUUGGAUUGGCCAGUGUAUCCUCUACCUGCUGAUUAUGGCUGUGGAGAAGACCCUGAUUAGCCUUGUCCUGCUGAUCCCUGGUUGGACGAAGCUUCAGCAGAUCCUCCUGAGUUACAUCCCAAACCCCCAGUUGGAGCUCAUCCUGGUCAUGCUAGUUGUGCCUUUUAUUGUAAAUGCUGUUAUGUUCUGGGUUGUGGACAGCUUGAUCAUGAGGAAACACAAGCAGAAAGAUAUGUUGAACAUCAAUGGAUCCACAGACACUCCACAAGCUAGGAGGAGUGAGGAAUCUCGGAUGAUAUGGCUGGAGGAUGUCCCGUCAGGAUGGUUCUGUCUGCAUCGAGCGAAUGCUCCGGGCCGGUGGCAGCCACUUAGCUCAGAACUGCCUCUUGAUAGCUUCAAGCCUGAGGUGCUGCUCUCUCCAGACAUGGAUUUUGACCAGUCUGAAAGUGACCAGGAUAUCUCAGGACUCCAGGGAACAAACCAGAAGAUGAAGCAGCCCAGCUACCACGUGGUCAUCUGACAGCACUGAGACAAGGGAGGUGGAGGAAGGAAGCAGUACUGUGAUUCCUGAGCUGGCUGAGGAAGGAUGCAGAAUGCAGCUGAUCUCUGGGGAUCUGUGGAGCCCUGCCUCAUGUACGCCUCUCCUUCUGCAGUUAUCUCUUCGGGAUGGUGUCCGUGCAGCCUGUAUCUAAGCAGUAUCUGCUUUAUCUACCCAACCCUACCAUAGGCACAUUGCAGGCAUGUUGAGGUUAGGGUAAGGAUGUGUGCUUCCUCUGGCUGGCCAGCUGGGUGUAACGUUGUCAGGCUAGAGACUGAAAUCAAAAAGUUCUCUUCUUUUUAUAGAAAAAUCCUAUACUGUCUGAACUGUAACACUUUUAUAUGCACAGAUGCUCUACAGAACUGGUUUGUGAUUAUAUAUUUAAAUGCCUUGAAUUGGGAAGAUUGUCUCAGUGGAUCUGAUGCUUUUUUUUUUUUUUUUUUUUUUACUGUUUUAUAAGGAAUGCAAUAAAUAUUUGA